AUGGCUAAGAUUCUGUUGGAUAUGGGAAAUGACGAAAUCGUCGAGCUCAAGAAGGACGAUUUUGACCGUACCGAAACGAUUUGCGGAUUGAUCGAGGAGUACCUGGAAAACAACGACGUUUAUGGAUUCUCGUACGAAAAAUGCACGUAUAAUGGAGUUGACAUCUUGCCAUCUACUGUGUUGACUAAAGACCAUAAGGAGAUUUGUGUUAAAGUCAGACCAAAUAAGGUAAAUUUUGUGUGUUUAAAUUGGUUUUUAGAAGAGAAGAUGUUGUAAUGCAACGCUCAGAUUUUCGUAAAAUUUUGGCGAAAAUUUAGGUAAAAUUUUUAAGAGAUUUGUGAGGUGUCUAGCACAGCGAUUUUAGGUCGAAAUUUGGCCAAAAUUCUGGGGUUCUUUUGCCUGUCGCGAGCUGAAAUUUUCAGUAAUUGAUACAUGGCCCUGAUGCAUUAUGUGUGUUAAAAAUUCGAAGAAGAUCUAAGCGUCGGACUUUGAACGAACUCCUUUUUUCCAAGAGAUUGUUUCUUCAGGGAAUUAGUAGUUAUUUUUGAUUUGUUUUAGCUGUGUCGUAUCUCCGAGUCCGUCGUCCGGCGGCUCACCCGCCGUUUUGACGCGAAAUUUUCGGCUAUUAUGAAUAUUCUCACGGAAAAAGUGGAUGACGACACUUUAAGCCGAGUUCAAACCGUCAAGUCGAUGGUUGGCCAAGUCCUCAGUCCCAAAGACACUCCAGAGUACACGAAGUUGAACGCCGAUUACAGCGAUCUUCUCAAAAAGCUUGCCUCGACUGAGGAGGAAAACAGUAGAUUGAAGGAGGUUAUCCAAAAGUGUCAAGCUGAAUGCAGAGAGAAGGACGAAAUUUCCGGCAAACUCCGCGACGAACUGAACCGCUCUCGCUCCCAAUGCAGCACGAACUUGCAGAUGCUGGAGGGAUACAAGCAACGGGUCGACGAGGAGAUCGAGAAGAAUGUCAAGUCCAAGAACGAUCUCAAGGGCUUGAAUGAGAAAAUCGCACAGCUUCGGGAGCAAAUCGAGCCGCUGAAAAAGGAGUUGGCUGCGAAGGAGAAGGCUCGGAAGCAACAGGAAGAACUUGGAAGAGAGAUGGCCCAGAAGGCGUCGGAUGCCAAUGAAGAGGGAGAAGGGGAAGAAGAAAGUCUUGAGGAAGAAGAAAGUCUUGAAUUAGAAUUAACUUUUGAUGAGGAAGAAGAAAGUUCUGAGGAAGAAGACGAAUAA